CUCUCUUUCUCUUUCUCUAUCACUGCUUCCUGGUUGUUUCCCCGUCCUCCACAUCUCUCCUCAGCUAGCUCUCACUCCGAUGGAUGUUCAUCGACAUGCUCAAAAUAAUUGGCUCUCUUCACUCGCAGCUAUGUCUCUCACUCUCUCUGGAUCGCUCUGCUCCCAACAGUCAGAGCAUUUAUAGGGAAGUCGCCCCAGACCAGAGGAAUAAUAUAUGUAGGCCGUGUUUAUAUUCAUUUUCAGCAAACGUCAACAAAAGCCCACCUGCUGUUGGCAACAUUUCAAAUCAUCGAAUUGACAUCUCCGCCCCAUCCUAGAUCUGUGGAAUCCAUCCUGAUCAUCAUUUCGGAAUAAACUGGAAUACGCGUUUCGACGAUGUAUUUUUUUGUUCGCAAACUCCUCCUAUCUUCAGAAGCAUUUUGUCACCUGGAAUGCCUAGCUAUACUAGAUGAGUAACCCGGACGACAUAGUACUCUUCACAGAUACAAACUCGUGUUAAACUGAGUUAUCUUUAAAUGCAUUGUUUCAAUUAGAUACCAUAACCAUGGAAUUGAACGCUGAACUAAUUUUGACAUUGUUUUCAGGAGUAUUCUUCUUGAAUCAUGUGCUGUCGUGUGACGAUGUUUGCUCAACGGAAGGACAUAAUUAUAGCCCAAUGGGAGAUGUUCCGGAGAGGAUGGAAUUAUUUCAGUAUCAUCCUGUUAAAAUUGGUCAUGUGCGAUUCGUAGAGGUUGAGCCGGGCAGAUACGUGCAGAUGAAAACACUCGCAAUGCAUCCACCCAUAUUUGAAAUACCAAACUUUUUAACUCACGGAGAAUGUAACUACAUUAAAAGAGUAGCUUCGGAGAGCGGACUUGAAACCAGUAAAACUGCCUUUAAGGGCUCUCUAUCAAACAAUGAUGGGCACUCGUUGAUGUCACACGCUCAUGUACACGGCUACAAUGAGACAUUUUGGAAGGAACAGAUAGCACCUUGCGAUACCGACAAUGAUUUCCUGCUCGAUCAGGACGAGGCUUUACGAUGUCUUCCUGAUCUCCGUCGGCAGAACGUGACAGCCGCCAUGUUGGAUUUAAUGAUGGGGGAUCUAGAGCUCGACUACGAUUCGGACGCUCGGUUCGACGCGAAGGAAAUGUGGCAUAUAUCGGAGGUGCCGGGAGUUGCCGAGGAUAUCCGACAAUGGUUGGAUAGAUGGAGGAGAGAAGGGGAGGAAGGGAGGAUGGUGAAGAAAUGGAAAGGGAGGACGAGAGUCAGUGAUCAAACUUGGAUAAGCUCAAAUACCGUCAAUGGACAUCCUCUACAAAAGAUUCAAAACAGGAUCAUAGCACUUACAAGACUUUCUCCAGAAAUUGUGCAGACGAGUGAAUCGAUGCAAGUAGUGCGGUACCGCCCAGGAGGGCAUUACCACGCCCACUUCGACAGUAGUGAGGUGACGUCAGACUUGGAGUGCAGACAUACAGCUAUUACUUUCAACCAAUCAGAGGAGACCCCCUUCCAUGAAGAACGUUGUCGAUAUUGCAGGAUGAUAACAAUACUGUACUAUUUGAAUGACGUAGACCAAGGAGGAGAGACGGCAUUUCCUUUCGCCGACAUGGAUCCAGAAUCACCAGAGUAUGAGAGGAAACUCCAGUAUGACUACACUGACUUGACUGAUCAUUGCCAUGAUAGCAGUCUAGUUGUCAAGGCAGAGCGCGGAAAAGCAAUCAUGUGGUAUAACCAUAACCUAGAUCCUGAAACGGGUUGGCUAGGGACAAGUAGAGGUCACUCGCUGCACGGAGGUUGUGAAGUCAUUCGCGGGGUCAAAUGGAUAGCCAACAACUGGAUCUCGGUCGAUGACGUCUACGCCAGACAGCAACGAUACAUGGACAAACUGAGACCAUUUCUUCGUGCAACACCAUCCCAUUCAAACCUGAGGACACAUAAAAUAACGGAAACGACUCCAGAUAGAUCACAAUCUGUUUCGAAGUUAGAGAAGAACACUAAUAUUUCAUCAUAUAGUUCGAGAAAAGACGCGAACGACAAACAAGAGCCAGUAGAGCCUAUAUGUACUCCGCAAAUGUAUGACGAGACGUAGAUAAGAGCUCAUUAUUUUUUCUUCUUUAGUAGUCACAAUACAAAAAAUUGUAUUUUUUUGUUGUAAUGGCAAUGUCUCUACAACUCUUAACUGCUGCAAUUUUCACUCACAUACUAUAAUAACUGUCAAAUUUGACAUAACGAUUCUGAUUUGCUAAUUGUCAGCCUUAUUAACAAUAUGUAAAUGAAACGAUGAUCUUGAUUGGCCAUUACCAUUAUGCAUUAUGCAUGAUUGAUUGCGAACCGUUGUGUUACGGGGCAUUGGUUUAGCUGGUCACAACUGUAUCUAGUCUCUCGUGUUAUACUUGCCCGACAAGGCUGCACUUUCCAUAAUGUAACCAAGUAGAACCGGGUGGCUAAAAUACUGUUUUAAUAACUCCUGGGGGUGUUUCACAAAGACUGAAAUCG